UGUGUGUCUGCACGGUGAUGUCUGGAGGGCAGGCGUGUACUGAGGCUGCCGCCGGUACCAGGCAGCGACGCAAGAGCGAGCUGGAGGGGCGCUCGGCCACCCUCGCUACCCCCAAGCUCUCGCCCAUGUACCCAGAAGAGGAGUGCGUGGUGGGGGGCAUGUCCUCUAGUGCCCACUACCUAGAGGGAGCAUUCGACUACACCAACCCUGAUGCCCCCAACUCGUCUGUGGAGUACUACACUGCAGCCCCGGACCCUCAGGCGGCCCCGGACGCUCAGGAGAGCAAUCUGCAAUCGCUGACCGGCGGCUCCACCAGUCCCAUGGUGUUUGUGCCUUCAAGCUCCCAGCUCUCACCAUUUCUCAGCCAUCCAGGAGGACAGCAUAGUGCCCAGCAGGUGCCCUACUACCUAGAGCCCUCGGGCACCUCUAUCUACAGGUCAACACUUUUCUCAGAACAGUGGAGGUCUGGCGCUGGUUUAUUAGAAUCAAGCACCGGGACACGCGUAGAGCAGGAUGUGUACACCGCGACCGGAGCCUCAGCGACCGGAGCCUCAUCGGGAGCCCUCAGAUCGGCGAAGGAAGUUCGUUUCUGCGCCGUGUGCAGCGACUACGCUUCAGGUUAUCACUACGGGGUCUGGUCCUGUGAAGGCUGCAAGGCUUUCUUCAAGCGCAGCAUACAAGGUCACAAUGACUACGUUUGCCCAGCGACCAAUCAGUGCACCAUAGACAGGAACCGCAGGAAAAGCUGCCAGGCGUGUCGAUUACGCAAAUGCUACGAAGUGGGCAUGAUGAAAGGGGGGUUUCGUAAGGAGCGCGGCGGUCGUGUCAUGAGGCACGAGAGGAGGCGUGGUGGAACAAAGGAGCGCCGCCGGGGCUUUACUGAGGUCCCGGGAUCUUCGGACACCAGAGAAACCAGCGGUACCAGCGUUGGCAGUGGUGUAUCCGGUAUGGUGUGCAUGGCCCCGGAGCAGGUUCUGCUCUUACUGCUGAGGGCCGAGCCACCCACGCUGUGCUCCCGGCAGAAACACAGUCGACCCUACACCGAACUCACCAUGAUGAGUCUCCUCACCAACAUGGCCGACAAAGAGCUGGUUCAUAUGAUCGCCUGGGCCAAGAAAGUACCAGGGUUUCUGGACCUCUCUCUUCAUGACCAGGUGCAUCUUCUGGAAAGCUCCUGGCUGGAGAUCCUGAUGAUCGGAUUAAUCUGGAGGUCCAUCCACUCACCUGGUAAACUCAUCUUUGCUCAGGAUCUCAUCAUCGACAGGAGUGAGGGGGACUGUGUGGAGGGCAUGUCUGAGAUAUUUGACAUGCUUCUGGCCACCGUGGGCCGCUUUCGAGCCCUUAAAAUCAAGUCAGAAGAAUUUGUAUGCCUUAAAGCCAUCAUACUGCUCAACUCUGGUUUGUUUACGUUCUGCUCGUCACCCGUUGAGUCUCUGAGGGACGGUUUCGUGGUGCAGUGCAUGCUGGAUAACAUCACCGAUGCUCUCAUACACUACAUCAGCCAAUCAGGGAUAGCGGUUCAGCUUCAGUCCAGACGACAAGCUCAGCUUCUGCUCCUGCUCUCUCACAUCAGGCACAUGAGGUAG